UCAGAUUUUUCAGCCUUACAACUUUCUUUUUCCUCUUUCCUCUUUCCUAUUUAUUUGAGGCCCAGUAUAACCUCCUAUUUUCCCCGCUUUUGCGCAUUCCCUCCAAACUACACUUUCGCUUUGCUUGCUGUAAUUAAUUCCCACACCAGUAACGAUCGUCAUACUCAUGCACUAAACUUCUUAUAAUCUUUAGCUGAAAUCUGGCGCUGCAACUUUUUCAUCACACUUUUCAAUCGGCAAGGGUUUGAAUCGCGGAAGAGUCGAUCAGAGAGAAACAGAAGAAAAAUGAUGAACAUGCUGGGGUUUCGGACGCCAGGACGCCCCGGCAAGCAGAAAGAAGAUGAUGCUGCUUUUGUAAGCCCUAUAACUCCUUCUACACCUUCGUCGCCUGCGACGACGGGGCCAGCGAGGCCGCUGAAGCUGGUCUACUGUGAUGAAAAGGGCAAGUUUAAAAUGGACCCCGAGGCUGUGGCCACUCUGCAGCUUGUCAAAGGACCUAUUGGCGUUGUCUCUGUCUGCGGCCGCGCUCGUCAAGGCAAAAGCUUUAUUUUAAACCAGUUGCUAGGUAGGAGCAGUGGCUUUCAGGUUGCUUCUACACAUCGCCCAUGUACAAAAGGUCUUUGGAUGUGGAGUGCUCCAUUGCAGCGGACUGCUCUAGAUGGAACCGAAUACAAUCUUUUACUUUUGGAUAGUGAAGGCAUUGAUGCAUAUGAUCAAACUGGGACGUACAGUACGCAGAUAUUUUCAUUGGCAGUGCUUCUUUCAAGCAUGUUUGUAUACAAUCAGAUGGGAGGAAUUGAUGAAGCUGCUCUCGACCGUCUAUCUCUGGUUACAGAAAUGACAAAACAUAUUCGAGUAAGAGCAUCACAGGGCCGUACCACGGUGGCAGAGAUUGGACAAUUUGCUCCUGUCUUUGUCUGGCUUCUGCGUGAUUUUUAUUUGAACCUGGCAGAAGAUGGUCGGAUGAUCACCCCACGGGAUUAUUUAGAAUUAGCCUUGAAACCUAUGCAUGGUGCUGGAAAAGAUAUUGCUGCAAAGAAUGAGAUUCGUGAGUCAAUUCGAGCUCUUUUUCCUGAUCGUGAGUGCUUCACUCUUGUACGACCAUUAAAUAAUGAGAAGGAUCUCCAACGACUUGAUCAGAUUCCACUGGACAAACUGCGCCCAGAAUUCAGAGCUGGUCUUGAUGCAUUGACAAAGUUCGUGUUUGAAAGAACAAGGCCAAAGCAGGUUGGGUCAACAAUCAUGACCGGUCCAAUACUUGCAGGGCUCACACAAUCGUUCUUGGAUGCAAUAAAUGCAGGGGCUGUGCCAACAAUUGCGACAUCAUGGCAGAGUGUAGAGGAAGGUGAAUGUAGGCGAGCUUAUGAGUUAGCUAUUGAAGCCUAUGCUGGGGCCUUUGAUCAAUCAAAACCACCAGAAGAGGGAGCUCUGCUAGAAUCAUAUGAGGGUGCAUUGCAAAAGGCUUUAGCUGUGUUUAACAAAAGUGCAGUGGGAGCAGGUGCUGCAAGACAGAAAUAUGAGAAGAUGGUCCAGACUACCUUGAAGAAGCAAUUUGAGGAGUUUAAGCGGAAUGCAUUCAGGGAUUCUGAACUGAAAUGCACAAGUAUUAUUCAAAUGAUGGACAAAAAAUUACGUGCUGCUUGCUAUGCCCCUGAUGCAAAGCUUGAUCAAGUUCUAAAGGUUCUAAAUGACCUUGUGUCAGAGUACGAAUCAUCAGGUUUUGGCCCACAGAAGUGGUGGAAACUUGCUAACUUUUUAGAGCAAAGUUUAGAAGGGCCUUUAUUUGACCUCACUAAGAGACUCAGUGAUCAGAGUUCAACUGAAAGGGCUGGUCUCCAGUUGAAGUGCCGUUCACUUGAAGAUAAGUUAGCGUUGAUUGGAAAGCAGCUGGAGGUUAGCCAAAAGCAUGGAAAUGAUUACUUAAAAAGAUACGAGGAUGCUAUUUCAGAUAAAAAAAGGAUUUCAGAUGAAUAUGCAACUAGAAUAGCUAAUAUUCAGAGCAGGUAUAGCUCAUUGGAAGAGAGAUACACAAAUAUAUCUGAAGUUCUGGAAUCUGCUAGGAAAGAAGGUUCUGACUGGAAGAAAAAGUAUGAACAAAUUAUGUCAAAGCAAAAAAUUGAGGAAGAGCAGAUUGUUGCAGAAAUUGCCUCUUUAAAAAGUAGGUAUGGUUCUGCAGAAGCAAGGCUAAGUGCUGCUCGUGAACAAGUUGAAUCUGCCAGGGAGGAGGCAUCUGAGUGGAAACGGAAACAUGAACUUGCUGUUAAGGAAGCUCAAACAUCAUUGGAGAAAGCUACAGCACUCCAACAACGUUCUAGCAAGCAAGCACAGCAGAGAGAGGAUUCCUUGAGGACAGAAUUUGCUGCCACUAUAGCACAGAAAGAGAAUGAAGUAAAAGACUCUUUGGCAAGGCUUGAGAAUGCGGAGCAUCGCCUAGCUGGGUAUAACCUACAAUUGAAGGCUCAAGAGAGUAAAUUGAAGUCCCAAGAAUCGGAACUUGGUAUUUUGAAGGCAGAAAUAAAGGAUUUACAAGACAAACUAGAGGAUGCAAAACAAACAGCUUUGUCGUUUGAGAAGGAAGCCAAGAUACUUGAACAAGAGAAAUCACAUUUACAGCAAAGGUAUGCAACUGAGUUUAAAAGGUUUGAGGAGGCAGAUGAAAGGUGUAAGGCUGCAGAGAAGGAGGCCAAGAGAGCUGUGGAGGUGGCAGAAAAAGCUCGUGAUGAGGCUGCCCAAGCCCAGCAGGUGAAAUCAGAAAUUCAGAAACUGGCCAUGGAAAGAUUGACCAUAAUUGAGAGAUCAGAAAGGCAUAUAGAAACAUUAGAGAGGGAAAAGGCUGAUUUGGUGCAAGAAGUUGAAAGGAUCAAAAUAACUGAACAGGAUGCGUUAUCCAAAGUUGCAACAUUAGAGGCAAGAGUUGAUGAACGUGAACGGGAGAUGGAGGACCUCCUUCAAUCAACAAAUGAGCAAAGAGCAAGCACAGUCCAAGUCCUUGAAAGUCUUUUGGGUAGUGAAAGGGCAGCUAGAGCAGAGGCUAAUGCUAGAGCCGAGGCACUUUCUCUACAACUUCAAACUACUCAAGGAAAAUUGGAUGCUCUCCAACAAGAAUUGACUUCAGUUCGUUUGAAUGAAACAGCUCUAGAUAAUAAGCUUAAGACUACAUCUGCUCGCAGUAAAAGAAUGAGAUCUGAAGACUAUGCUGGAGUGGACUCGGUCCAAGAUAUGGACAUUGAAGUGGGAACUGUCAGAGAUAGAAAAAGGAGGAAUGCAAGUAAUGAAAAUGGAUACAGUCCCGUUACAAUGGCACCUGAGGGAGAUUCAGUCAUCAGGCCAGGAGAUGAUAACAAUUCAAGUGAUCAGAGAGAACCACAAGACUAUCUCAGAUUUACCGUUCAGAAACUUAAACAAGAGCUUACAAAGAGUGGGUUUGGGGCAGAACUCUUACAACUAAGAACUCCAAACAAAAAGGAGAUACUUGCAUUGUAUGAGAAACAUGUUUUGAAAAGCUAGGUCUUUGAGUUUUUUUUAACAAUUUCAUUACUUUAUACUCAUGUACUAUGUGAAUUUUUUUGUUCAUGUAACUAUUACAAGCCCACUCAAAAUCGUUUGCUACAGUUCGUUGGGCUAUACUUUCAUGUAAAGAUUCACAUUCUCUCCUGUCUGAUAUUGUUGGUUUUUAUAGGGAGCCUUCUAUGUGUAUUUGGUGAAAUAAUAGUCAAGAACAAGUUUGUAAUGUUGCAUCAA